UCUAUUUAUUAGCCCACCUCUAAAAAACUCUUUCAGCAUAAGCGAAAAGGUUCCCACAAAAAUGGCGGGUCUUGAAGCCAUGGUCCCGUACUCAGGUAUUGGAUUUCUGCUAAACCCAACCUCUUUACGUGCCUUUUCCGCUUCUUUCCAUCUUGUCUUGUUGCUUUUCCUAUUUGUAUCAUGGGCGUGCAAGAAAAUCAAGAUGGGUGCUCUUGAGAAUUGUAAGAGGACUGGGUUUUCGUACUAUAAGCAAAUAUUUGUUUGUUGUCUGGGUCUGUCAGUGUUUAACCUUGCCUUGUUCUUUUUGAACUACUUUUAUUGGUAUAAGAAUGGUUGGUCUGAUGAACAGCUGGUGACCCUUUCGGAUUUAGCGCUCAGAACAUUUGCUUGGGCUACAGUUUGUGUAUAUUUGCACACUCAAUUCCUUGGAUCUGUUGAACCAAAGUUCCCGUUUUCGUUAAGAGUUUGGUGGGGAUUUUACUUCUCCAUCUCUUGUUAUUGCCUUGUUAUAGAUAUUGUUAAGCAACACCAGUCCCAACCAAUUCAAUUUUUGGUGCCUGAUGCUGUCUACGUCAUAACUGGUCUGUUCUUGUGCUAUUUGGGUUUGUGGGGGAAGAAUCAAGGUGAAGAAUCAAUUCUUAGGGAAUCCCUUUUGCAUGGUAGUGCCAGUAUAAGUACUAGAGUGGCGUCAAAUAAAUCAAAGGGGGAAGAAACUGUGACCCCGUUCUCCAAUGCUGGUGUUUUUAGUCUUCUUACUUUCUCUUGGAUGGGUCCCUUGAUCGCCCUUGGUAAUAAGAAAACAUUAGACCUUGAGGAUGUUCCUCAGCUUGACGCUGUCAACAGUGUUGUUGGGGGCUUUCCAAUUUUUAGAAGUAAGCUCGAGGGUGAUGGUGGUGGCGGUAGUGGAGUGACCACGCUUAAGCUGGUGAAAGCAAUGAUCCUCUCAGCAUGGGCAGAAAUACUAUUGUCGGCUUUAUUCGCCCUUCUUUACACGUUAGCUUCUUAUGUUGGUCCCUAUCUUAUUGACACCUUCGUUCAGUACCUCAAUGGCCAGCGGCAAUUCAAAAAUGAAGGCUACUUUCUGGUUUCAGCUUUUCUUGUUGCAAAGCUUGUUGAAUGCCUUUCAAUGAGGCACUGGUUCUUUAGAUUACAGCAGGUUGGAAUUAGGAUGAGAGCAGUACUGGUCACAAAGAUCUACAACAAAGUUUUGGCUGUUUCAUACCACUCAAAGCAGUGUCAUACUAGUGGGGAGAUCAUCAAUUUCAUUUCUGUUGAUGCUGAGAGAAUUGGUGACUUUGGUUGGUACAUGCACGAUCCAUGGAUGGUGACUUUGCAAGUUGCUUUGGCAUUGUUGAUCUUGUAUAAAAAUCUUGGUCUUGCUUCAAUUGCAGCUUUCUUUGCAACAGUAAUUAUUAUGUUGGCAAAUGUUCCACUGGCGAAAUUCCAAGAGAAGUUCCAAGACAAGCUAAUGGAAUCGAAAGAUAAAAGGAUGAAGUCAACAUCCGAGAUCUUGAGGAACAUGAGGAUUCUCAAGCUUCAGGGAUGGGAAAUGAAGUUUUUAUCUAAAAUUGUUGACUUACGGAAGAAUGAGACAGGGUGGUUGAAAAAAUAUGUUUACACUUUAGCCAUCACCACUUUUGUUUUCUGGGUUGGCCCAAUAUUUGUGUCUGUGGUCUCCUUUGGAACUGCUAUGCUUAUGGGGAUCCCACUUGAAUCAGGGAAGAUCUUAUCUUCACUUGCAACAUUCAGGAUACUUCAAGAGCCCAUUUACAAUCUUCCUGACACUAUCUCGAUGAUAGCUCAGACAAAAGUUUCCCUUGAUAGAAUUGCAUCCUUUCUUCGUCUUGAUGACUUGCAGCCUGAUGUUGUCGAGAAGCUUCCAAAAGGUACUUCUAGCACAGCAAUUGAGAUAGUAAAUGGGAAUUUCUCUUGGGAUUUAUCUUCCCCUCAUCCAACAUUGAAGGAUAUUAAUUUGCAAGUGCAUCAUGGCAUGAGGGUUGCUGUUUGUGGUGCUGUUGGCUCAGGAAAGUCAAGCUUACUUUCUUGUAUCCUGGGUGAAGUGCCCAAGAUAUCUGGUACCCUUAAGCUGAGUGGAACAAAGGCAUAUGUUGCACAGUCGCCUUGGAUACAGGGUGGCAAGAUAGAAGAAAACAUCUUGUUUGGCAAGGAGAUGGACAGAGAAAGGUAUGAAAGGGUCCUGGAUGCAUGUACCUUGAAGAAGGACCUGGAGAUCCUCCCAUUUGGUGAUCAGACGGUUAUAGGUGAGCGAGGAAUCAAUUUGAGUGGUGGGCAGAAGCAAAGAAUUCAGAUCGCACGUGCACUUUACCAAGAUGCGGAUAUUUAUCUGUUUGAUGAUCCUUUUAGUGCUGUUGAUGCUCAUACAGGCACCCAUCUUUUCAAGGAAUGUUUGCUGGGCCUCUUGGAUUCAAAAACAGUGGUUUAUGUCACUCAUCAAGUGGAGUUCUUACCUGCUGCUGAUCUCAUAUUGGUCAUGAAAGAAGGAAGAAUUACACAGGCUGGAAAGUACAAUGACAUUCUCAACUAUGGAAGUGAUUUUGUGGAGCUUGUGGGUGCACAUAAGAAAGCCUUAUCAGCACUUGAAUCCAUAGAGGCAGAAAAAUCAAGUAUCAUGAGUGAGAACAGUGUUGAUACAGGAAGUACUUCUGAGGUUGUGCCAAAAGAAGAAAACAGAAAUGGGCAAACUGGAAACAUAGAAGGCACGGAUGGGCCAAAAGCCCAGCUCGUUCAAGAAGAGGAGAGAGAGAAAGGUAAAGUUGGAUUUUCAGUUUAUUGGAAAUAUAUCACAACAGCAUAUGGAGGAGCUCUUGUGCCCUUUAUAUUGCUGUCACAAAUUCUCUUUCAGCUGCUUCAAAUUGGAAGCAAUUAUUGGAUGGCUUGGGCAACACCUGUGUCAGAGGAUGUGAAACCUGCGGUUGGUGGCUCUACUCUUAUACUUGUCUAUGUAGCUUUGGCCAUUGGAAGUUCUCUUUGUGUCCUUUCCAGAGCCAUGCUUGUUGUAACAGCUGGUUACAGGACAGCUACUAUACUCUUCAAUAAAAUGCAUUUGAGCAUUUUCCGUGCCCCAAUGUCAUUCUUUGAUGCCACCCCAAGUGGACGAAUCCUAAACAGAGCUUCUACAGACCAAAGUGCAGUGGACAUGGAUAUUCCAAUGGUAAUAUGGAAAUGUGCUUUCUCAUUCAUACAGCUCCUGGGAAUUAUUGCAGUCAUGUCCCAAGUCGUAUGGCAGGUUUUCAUUGUUUUUGUCCCCAUGAUUGCAACUUGCAUCUGGUAUCAGCGAUAUUAUAUAUCAUCAGCCCGAGAACUGGCAAGAUUGGUCGGAGUAUGCAAAGCUCCAGUAAUACAGCAUUUUUCUGAAACCAUCUCAGGAUCCACAACCAUCAGGAGCUUUGAUCAAGAGUCAAGAUUCAGGGACACAAACAUGAAACUUAUAGAUGGGUAUACCAGGCCCAAGUUCAACAGUGCUGCUGCAAUGGAGUGGUUGUGCUUCCGCUUGGAUGUGCUAUCUUCUAUUACAUUUGCCUUCUCUUUGGUUUUCUUGAUCUCUAUUCCAGAGGGAGCAAUUGAUCCUGGCAUUGCGGGCUUAGCAGUGACAUAUGGACUUAAUUUAAACACGUUACAAGCUUGGGUGGUAUGGAAUCUUUGCAAUAUGGAGAAUAAGAUUAUAUCAGUUGAGAGAAUGCUUCAAUACACUUCCAUUCCAAGUGAGCCUCCCCUUGUCAUGGAAGGAAACAAGCCAGCAUGUUCUUGGCCUUCACAUGGAGAAGUUGAUAUUCGUGAUUUGCAGGUCCGCUAUGCCCCACACCUGCCACUUGUAUUGAGAGGUCUCACAUGCAAUUUCCCAGGAGGGAUGAAGACCGGCAUAGUAGGCCGAACCGGUAGCGGCAAAUCAACCCUCAUACAGACCCUCUUUCGAAUUGUUGAACCUACCGCUGGUGAAAUCAUGAUAGAUGGUACCAACAUCUCCUUGAUUGGGCUACAUGAUUUGCGGUCCAGACUAAGCAUUAUCCCUCAGGAUCCAACCAUGUUUGAAGGGACUGUACGGAGCAACCUUGACCCACUGGAAGAGUAUUCAGAUGAACAGAUUUGGGAGGCCCUGGAUAAGUGUCAGCUUGGUGAUGAAGUCAGGAAGAAAGAAGGAAAGCUUGAUUCUGCAGUUAAUGAGAAUGGAGAGAAUUGGAGUAUGGGUCAGAGGCAGCUGGUUUGUCUCGGACGAGUGCUACUCAAGAAAAGCAAGGUCUUGGUGCUUGAUGAAGCUACUGCAUCAGUUGAUACAGCCACUGAUAAUCUGAUUCAGCAAACCCUUAGACAACACUUUGUUGAUUCUACGGUCAUAACCAUUGCGCAUCGAAUAACUUCUGUUCUAGAUAGUGACAUGGUUCUACUUCUAGAUCAUGGACUUAUUGAGGAACAUGAUACCCCCGCAAGAUUGCUAGAGAACAAGUCGUCAUCUUUCGCAAAGCUUGUAGCAGAGUACACCGUGAGGUCAAAAUCUAACUAGUCUUGAAAAUCUGGCCGAUAUCUGAACCAGCAAGCCCGGGUCUUACACCCUUCAACAAUUUCAACUGCAAAUUUUGCUUGACAAUGAUGACAACUGAAUUACAAUUACAAUCCCAUAAACACAGAAGUGUUUUUCACCUCAAUUACCCAUAUAAAAAUCAGCCAUCACAUGAUCAAUGAUUUGUAGAAGUAGAUUAGACCUACUGUCAAUGGUUUGAAACUGGCAUUCAAAUGUCAUAGUCAUGUGAUAAGUAAAGGAACAUUCCUACAAAUAUUUUAGACUUCUUUUGUUUUCAUUUUUAAGCUAGGACUCAGUUGAGUCGCUUGGAUGAGUUGGAGUUAGGUAUCGAACUCAACUGUUCUGUUGGGAGUUAUCUUGUUACUCAGCUGUUCUGUAAAGAUCUUGUUCGAUGUAGAAACUUAUUUACACUAUUCAAUGUAUUAAUCUAAAUAGAAAUAGAAGCACCCUUGUAAGUAGGAAUAAAGUUCUGCGAAGCUUCAUUU